AAGUUCUGUAGCUUUCGAAAAUAGUUCAGUUUUGAGAUAAACCGCGAUUAGAAACGAUGGAUUCAACAGAAGACGAUAUUUCCGCUCGGGUUUUGCUGAGGAGGGUCCUGCACACAGAGUUACCCAGAUCUCCUGUGACCAGAAGUGCAUCAAAUGUACGGCGUAGCGUCAGGCUAAAAAACACCCCUGGGCUGGAGAGUCCUGGAUCUGCCUUAAGACACAGACUCAAGAAGAAGCUCCAUGAGAGUGCCUCCUCGUCACCCCUGCCUUCACCCAAACGGACGAGGACGUCGGUGGCAAACGCAAACCCUCCUGCCCCUGCCCCAGCCCCAGCCUCAGCCUCAGCCUCGUCCUCUGUGUAUGAUGAGGACAUGACCACUCGUGGGCUGCUCAGGGGGAUCAUUCAGAUGGAGACCGAAGCAUCCCUGCUGAUGUCGGGUCAGCCUGCACUUCAAGAACUGGAGCUGAAUCCAGCCGAGUCCAGUGCUGGAGAGGCAACUGAAGGUCUGUCUGGCGUGGAGCUGUCUGACCUGACUCUAAACACUGAACCCCUGACUCAUGUGGUCAGAGGCCUGACCCGCAAGAAAUGGGCUCAACCUGACCUUGAAGACCCCAUUUGUGAGAAGCGCACUCAGAGGGCGGGGCUUCAGAGGAAGGUCUCUAAUCGGAGGCUGCAGUCUGUGGAUGCUUUUGAUGAGGCCGUUCAGAGAUGCCUGGAGCAGGGUCCUAACCAAGGAUGGAAAAACUCUAGAAGAUUCUUCCUGGCAGAAGUUCACUCUCGGCCUCAGUGA